AUGCAAACUGAUGAUGAUUGUCAGCAGCAUCUCUGCGCGGCUCUCUCGGACGGGUCACCGGAUGAGAGCUUUGGGUCUGGCUCCUCCACAGGGAAGAAACCUGGACCUCAAAGAGAGGGUCGGGUCGUGACAGGGCACAGAGGAGUCCUGCCAGCUCCUCUUAGGGGAUCCCGAGGAGUUGCCAGGCCAGAUGAGCUGUAUAAUCCCCCCAGCAAGUUCUGGGUCUACCCUGGGCUCUCCUCCCACGUUCCUGGUGAUGGAAGCCGUCUUCCUCCAAUGAGAAAACCACCCGUCAAAGCCGCGGCCACAAGAGACAGGCUGAAUGCUGAGCUGGACCGGCCUGCCAGCCUGCUGCGUCCCCGGAUGUCAUCUCCAAAGCUGGACAAGCUGUCCGUGCUGCGCUCCGCAGUUAUUCCCUACCUCCGCGUCCAAGAGCUUUCUUCCCAAGGUUUCCUCCCGCAGUACUACAAGACCAUUGAGGCAGUGUAUACGGUGGAAAACUCUGUGGAAACACUGCUUGACCUGCUGCAGAGAUACCGGGAGAAGGCAGGAGACAAAGUGGCAGAAAAGGGUGGCAGCAUCUUCACCAAAGCCUGCUUCCUUCUUGCUCUCCUCCUGCAAGACAAUCAUCGUGCUGUGGAGGUCAUGAAGCUACCCAAGGUCUUGGAUCGUAUUCGCAGUAUUUACCGCCUCACUGCUCGCAAACAGAAGAUGGACGCAGAAAGAACUGUUGUCAAACAGAAAAUGAGCGCUUCAAUCAACGGAAGCUUCUUUCUCCAAGCAACGCCUCGUAAAUCCCGCCCUGUGCCAAAGUUUGCACCGGAUUGGGUUCUCAGAAAAGACAAGCUUAAUGAUGUUGUGGACCCUCUCCGGGCCAUUCAAAUGGUGGCAAACACACUCUCCAUUGUGUUGUAAAUAGACAAGCUUUUAAAUCGUGAUUUGUCAUCUCAUUUUUUUUUCCUUCAGAAAAUAUUGUUAUAUGUAUUGUUGUAUUGUUUUUUUUCAACACAUUUCCAUAUUUUCAUGUAUAUAUUAAAUGGAUUUGUU